AUGAAACCCAUAAAACAUGGCAUUAGCCGACGCUCUUCAGCUUCUCUGCUAGCUACGCAAACACGAAGAAUUUUCUCACAUUUUCUUUCACUUUCUCGCCAUCUUUCCCGGAAAAUCUCCGAUCAGAUGUUAAAUAAGGAAGGGGAUGGCGGAAAGGAGUAUUUUCGCAAACUUUCGAGAAAAGAACUUCAAAGUUUGUGUAAGCAAUUUAGUUUGCCUGCUAGAAAAUCAAGUUCCGAAAUGGUCGAAUCGCUUGCCUUUUACUUUAUGAGGAAAGGUUGGAGUUUAGUAUCGUCAAGCACAAGCAUAGGUGGGGUUCAAGGUGCUUUACUUCACACGUCUUCGAUGCCAGCAUUGCAGCCAAAGCCUGCAUUAAACUCUAUAAAAGAUAGCUUUGAUAUCAGAUCUUGUCCCCGAGAGGAGAUUGACAAAGGGAAUAGAAAUAUCAAAUGCAAUAGAUUGGAAAAUAUAGGCCCUGGAGCUUAUAAUAAGGAAAUCUUUGGUGGUGUAAUUAAUGAUUUCCAAGAGGUAUCUCCAUCUCAGUUUUUUUCUCAAUAUGCUGGGAGUCAUGUCAACCAUAAUAAGCCCCAAUUAAGCCUUGGUGGCAGAGUAGAAGAUUCAAUCCAAUUUCAUGGUAGAGACAUAAAUACUGUAGCCUGUGCUAAAGGGAAUGCCCUUCCUUCUAUGAUAACUCCUGCAAAGUUUCCGGCAUCUUUUGAAUUUCAUGUCAGUUCGGAAGAGGGAAUCAACCUUUGUGUUGAUUUGAAUUCAAGCCCAUCAGAGUGGAUUAAUAAAUAUAAAAAUCAGGUUUCUUUGUGCGACAAUGUGGUUAAUGCUAAGUCUCGAAGUCUUUAUCAAGAGCUUGGGAGUAUUGGAGAGAGUAAUAAAAAAAUGAAAAGUUCUGUUCUUCAGAAUAUGGAUUCUGGCCAAAUAAAGGAUGACUGUGUGCAAGCUGAACCUUCUCCUAGUUCAGUUGUAGAAAAAAAUAUUCAUGUGAGGAAUGGACCUCCAAAUGUGGGUAACAAUUCCGUAAUCUCAUCACCCGUAAUACCAUGUGGCAUAGCUGUAGAUGUUUCACAGUCCUUAGAGGAGGAUCCAGGACUUGCCUCAGCCAAACCCAGUUCUGAUGGGCAGAACCAGAUAACUUCGAACACUGAAUCCUGUAGUAAAAAGGAGUGCAUUGCUGCCCUUGACUCGGAUAUUACUGAUACUCCAUUAGAAAAGACAGCCUGCAAUUUUGCUGUAAACUCCAUAUCCAAUGGUUCAGUAGAUCUUAUUGCAUUGGUGCAUCAGAGUUCAAAGCAGGAUGAUGAAGUUUGCGAGAAUUCAACCCAGCAGAACAGUUGUAAUCUUGAGAAUGCUAGUGUUGUAUUCCCUGGGAGCUUUAUGGAGAUGCAGUUAUCAGAAACUGGAAACCAUUACAAAGAUGCAUCAUGUUUACCUCAUAAAAACUGCAAAUUCUUGGAUCCAUAUGAUUCAAACCACAAUAGAGGAUCUGAGCAAGACGGAUCAGCCAACUCAAGUGAUAAUGAUCGUUGCGAGAACCAGACUUCUACUACAUCUAGAUUUGAAAGUGUGGCAUCUGGCAAUGUCCUGUAUGACCCAGAGCUUUUGCGGAAUGGAACAAUGCUAUCAAUGGCAGGGAGAGUUCAAUGCUCGCAGGUUGAUGACUCAUUUGACAAGACUUCUUUAAAGUCUAGUGUUAUCAAAUCAAGAGAAGAACUCCUUAGAAAGGGGUCAUGUGUAGAUAGAGUGAGUCAAAAUGGCCGUGGGAAACGUGAUACAAUAAUUUUAAGAAGCACAAGGCGUUCUGCUGGAAAAGUCCUUCCUAGAAGAUCCAUGAGGCUAGUCUCUAAGGUUCUCUCUUGA